AAAAAUAAAAAUACCCUUUCGUUAUUUUUUUUUUUAAAAAAAAAAGAAACAUAGAAAACGUAAAUAUAAACGAAUAAAUAAAUAAUCACAAUGUCAAAAAAUAAUAAUAAAAAGAUCAACCUAUCAAUUACUACCACCACCAAAAACGCUAAAGACACCACCACCACUAUUAUUAUUAAUUCAAAGGGUGAAAUUUUCUUAAAAAAAAUUUUAAAAGAUUUUCAUAAUAAAAUUAUUCAAACGAAAGAUUUCAAUAAUUUUGAAAAAUUUUUGGUUGAAUGGAUGAAACUUAAAUUUGAAAUUAAUAAAAAUGAUCCAAAAAAAAUUUUUAAUUUAAUGAAGAAUUUGAAAUUUUAUUAUGAUAAUAAUAAUAAUAAUAAAAGAAAUAAUAAUAAUAAUUUUAUUUGGUUUACAAGUUUAAUGGGAUUCUUUUAUCAAUUUGGUAUAGGUUGUAUUAUGAAUGAAAAAAUUGCUUUGGAUUUAUACUUUUUAUCCGUUAAUAAAAAAAAUCAUGACGACGAUGAUGAUGAUUAUGAUAACGAAAUACCUCCACUUACUUUAAAUGAUGAUUUUAAUAAUAAAUUAUAUUUAACUGAAGAAAAUAGAAAUGAAUUUAAUUUAUUAAAGAAUAAUAAUAUAAUUAUUGGAAAAUAUUUAUUAUCAUUAUAUUAUUAUAAAGAUAUUAUUAUUAUCAAUACAGUCAAUACGAUGAUAUUAAAAGUUAAUGAAUUUACUAUUGAUAAACAAAUGGAACUACAAGAACAACCUAUAUGUAAUGAUAAUAAUAUUAUUCAAGAUAGUAUUAAAAAGUUAAAAUCACAAGAAAAUAAAGAAAAUACAAAUAAUAAUACAAAUAAUUCAAUUAUGAAUAAGAAAAAAAUAAGUAAAGAAGAGUUUGAAAAUAUUAAGCGAUCCGCUUUAAAAGGUAAUUCGGAGGCACAAUAUAAUUUAGCAAUUUGUUAUAUGGAUGGAAUAGAAACAACAAAAAGUAAAUUAAAAGCUGCUGAAUGGUUUUUAUAA